CUCCAUCUAGUUUCUUGAUUUCAUCACCUUCUUCUCUCUUUUCUUCUUCUGUUGCAUAGAAAUAUCCAAGAGAAUUUUGAAAAAGAUGGCAGCUCCGAUUCGAUUCUUCGAGCUGAACACUGGUGCCAAGUUACCUUCGGUCGGCCUAGGAACCUACGCCAUGGUCGGUACAACUAUCGAACAGGCGAUUAAGAUUGGGUACAGACAUAUCGACUGUGCUUCUAUCUACGGUAACGAGAAAGAGAUUGGUGUUGUAUUCAAAAAGCUGAUUGAUGAUGGUGUUGUCAAGCGUGAGGAGUUAUUUAUCACUUCCAAGCUCUGGUGCAACGAUCAUUUGCCUGAAGAUGUGCCUAAGGCACUUGACAAAACAUUACAGGACUUAGAGAUUGACUAUGUUGAUCUAUAUCUGAUACAUUGGCCAGUGAGCUUGAAAAAGGAAUCACCUAAGCCAACACCUGAGAUGCUCACUAAACCUGACAUACCAAGUACAUGGAAAGCAAUGGAAGCUCUGUAUGACUCUGGAAAAGCUCGGGCAAUUGGUGUAAGCAAUUUCUCCACGAUGAAGCUCAAAGAUCUUCUUGAUGUGGCACGUGUAACCCCGGCUGUUAACCAAGUGGAAUGUAACCCAGUUUGGCAACAACAAGGUCUUCACGAGCUAUGCAAAUCCAAAGGAGUUCACUUGUCUGGUUACUCUCCUUUGGGUUCCCAAACUAAGGGAGAAGUCAGGCUAAAGGUUCUCCAGAACCCGAUUGUCACAGAGGUUGCAGAGAAACUAGGAAGAAGCACAGCUCAAGUGGCUCUCCGUUGGGGACUCCAAAUGGGUCAUAGUGUUCUACCAAAGAGCUCGAGCGAGGCUCGGCUCAAGGAGAAUCUUGAUGUUUUUGACUGGUCCAUACCUGAAAAUCUGUUUGUCAAGUUCUCUAACAUUCCUCAGGAGAAGUUAGUCCGAGCUGCUGAGUUUGCGCAUGAGACACACGGCUUCUAUAAGACCCUUGAUGAGUUAUGGGACGGUGAAAUUUAAGAUAUCUUCCCUCCUUUUCUAUCUGUAAUACCAAUAAGCGACAUGAAAAUAAAUAUGUAAUGUUUUGGAUCGAAAUCUGUUUAUGAAUUUAUAUUAUUCUCCAAUUUGUUCUC